CGAAGAGUCAAAAGAGCUUCCUUGACUAACUACCAUCUCGUUGACCAUUCAUGGCUCCCUCAUCCUCUACCUUUCUCCUCCUCCUCUUUCUCUCCCUCCUCCUCCACCGUAUUCCCUUCGCCGCGGCCAACAACCUCCGCCGGUCCAAAUCUCUUGCCCUCAGACGCGGACUCGAUCCGACCUCAGACACAGCCCUGACAACGAACUUAACUGCCGUUCCACCAUACCGCUACUUCGAGGUCACCAAGCCCAUCCACACCCCGCCCACAAAGCCAUGCUCCUACCUUGUCCUCCGCCACCAGUUCGCCUACACUUAUGGCAAGCCACCGGUCCUCACCAACUACACCCCUCCCUCCGACCAUGGCUGCCCCUCCCGGGAGUUCUCCAAGAUUGUCCUCGAAUGGACCGCCACGUGCCGCGGCGUGCAGUACGACCGGAUCUUCGGUGUGUGGCUCGGCGGGGUUGAGCUCCUCCGCAGCUGCACAGCCGAGCCCCGAGCCACUGGCAUCAUCUGGACUGUCCAGAAGGACAUCACGAGGUACCAUUCCCUCCUCAUGGAGAACAGCACAUUAGCGGUUUACCUCGGCAAUAUCGUCACUAAAACCUACACCGGGAUUUAUGAUGUUAAUAUAACUAUGCACUUCUACCCUGCUGCUGAAAAAUCCGUUUUUGAUGGCCUGAAUUGGGGAUAUUCUGUUCCGGGGUAUGGUUCCUGGGCUGACUUGAUCCUGCCCAUCUCCCGGAACUUGCCGCUGAAGGAUGGGCUGUGGUUUGAGAUCGAGAAUGCCACGGAUACCGAGUCGAAGAAAUUUAGUAUUCCGCAGAAUGUGUAUCGGGCUGUGCUGGAGGUAUAUGUUUCCUUCCAUGGGGAUGAUGAGUUCUGGUAUGCAAAUUACCCGAAUGAGUACAUCGAGGCAAACAAUCUCACCUCGGCAGAUGGAAAUGGGCCCUUUAGAGAGGUUGUGGUGACUCUCGACGGGGAGAUUGUGGGCAGUGUUUGGCCUUUCACUGUCAUCUUCACAGGAGGAAUCAACCCUCUCUUCUGGAGACCAAUUACCGGUAUUGGGUCCUUCGAUCUCCCUUCCUACGAUAUCGAGAUAACACCGUUCUUAUCUAAGAUAUUGGACGGGGAGGUCCAUGAGCUUGGUUUCAGCGUCACGAAUGCCCUCGAUGUUUGGUACAUAGACGCGAACUUGCACAUUUGGGUGGACGAGAAGAGCAAAAAGACCACAUCUAAGCUUUUAAGUUACAGCGGUGCGCCUCUACUCUAUUCGUCGAAGUUGGACUUUAAGGGCUUGGACGGGAAGUUCCUAAUCAAGGCGAACAGGUCCAUCUCGGCUACUGGAUGGGUUAAUUCCUCUUAUGGAAAUAUCACUACCCGCUGGACUCAAAAAUUCAAUUUCAGCAACUGCAUGAUCUUGGGGAACGAGGCGAACAUGCAGAUUGUUAACCAGUUGAUCCAUUACGAUGAUAGAGUCGAUUUGAAGACGGAGUCCUCGUCCGUUAAGUCGAUCCAUUCUUACAAGAAGUUCCCGUUUGUCUUCUACAUCAACGUCCUCGACCAGGGGAAGGGAGCUUACUUAGAAGUAGCAAAUGUGACCUUUGCGUUCAAUGAGAACAAAGGCAGGAAGGCUGCUUUCGGAGUUUCCAAGAGCAAGUUGAGAAAUGUGCAGAAGGCAAACGGUUAUAUGGUCGUGAAGAACAACUUGGUAGUCAGUGGAUUGGGCACUAUGGCGGAGGUAUUCAAGUACAAUAGCAGCAGAGACUGCUACUUUAGGAAUGUCAGUAGCUCAAACUAUACAAUCCUCUACGAUGAUGUUGAGAGUAGCUGUGAUGGGGGAAUCAGGCAAUUCCCUCUCAGGUUCGGUCUAAAUAGACACGCAACCUUUUCGUUUUGAAGGGCAUUUCUCGAGUCCGAGUCCAUGAAUAAAAAGGAAGGCGUCUAAGUUUUGGGAUUCUGCUCGGUGCCAAUUCUUCUGGGUACCAGAAAUAUAGUAUUCAUCAGACUCGCAAAGCUAGCGCCGGAGGUUCUUUGUCCAGACACUCGUGGGCUGUUAAUUGAAAAGAAAACGAUUUCGCGAUUCUUGUUCGCGUUUCCUAUUCUUGCUCUCACUCUUUGUAAAUACCGGACUAAACGUUGAAGCUCUGCGCUUUGUAUCUGUUUCAAAAUGAGCUGUCGAUGUCUAAUCCAAUUGUGACGCUGAUCAAAUUCUUCUUCAUGAACCCAACAAAACGUCCAUACAUUGCCAGUGUGACAACUGAAUGAAUUUCGUUAAUCCUUGGCACAUCUGUUUUCCAAAACUAAGCCAUACAGAGAGAAUCAGCAACACAUCGAAGAAGAUCGAGUUUUUCGACUCACCUCGGCUUUCUUGGCAACGUUGUUUAAGCAGCAUGGCACCAAAUUCCAUCAAAAGUACCAGCAGUGUUGUGUUGGUUCCUGGAUGGUUUCAAUUUGUAGUCUGCUUUUCCAAACCUUAGGGACUAUUCUGAUACAACUUAAUAGUGUGUGGGUGAUUUUGGAAAUACUCUCAAACUGCAGGGUGCAAAAUGAGAUUAAUCCUGUGAGAAAAACAAAAAGAAAAGGGACCUGAAGUCAAAUAGGGAACACUUUUUGCUGGUUCCGUCUUCUUCUCUCCUCUCGAAUCACUGAUCAGAUAAGAGAUUACAGUGUCAGCUGCGAGCAAGCAGACAAAGCAGGAUCAGACCCAGACCGAGACAAGCAGGGAGUGGGGAGGAAGAAGAAGAGGAGGAGGAUGCCCCGAAAAUUGAAGCUUUUACAGAGUCUAUGUAAUGGCGCUCUCUUCUUCAACUCUGCAAUUGGGUCCAGGCACAGUGCUUGCGGUUCUUCCCGGCUACACGCCGGACUUCACGACAACGGUCUGAAGGAGAAAGUUUUCGCUUCUUCUUCCAAAACCAGACAUGCCCACAAGAAAUUUCGGGUCUUGUGUUCUUCUGCGCCGUCCUCUUCUGACCCACUCCUGGUGAAAGGUGCGAAAGGAUAACCUGUCAUUCGCGCCCCUGCUUCGAUGAUGGGACAAGCGGGCAGGUACAUGACCGCGUACCAAAAUUUUGCCAAGAAACACUAGUCCUUUAGAUAGAGGUCAGAGACCACCAAUCUCAUUGUGGAGAUCUCGUUGCAGCCCUGGGAGGCUUUCCAACCAGAUGAGCGAUCCUUUUCUCGGAUGUAGUCACCCCUCUACCUGCUUUUUGGUGUCCCAUUCGACAUUGAAGAUGUCAGAGUUCCAGAGACUUAGUCACAAAUCUGCUCUGAGGAAGCCCCGAAGGCUCUGCAUCCUCUUGACUUGGGGAAGCUUCAAUUCGUCAGGGAGUCCUUCAGGAUUCUACAGAAAGGGAUCAUAGGCGUAUUGAGGCAAAAAUGCCUUGGAACGCAACUUGUGUUCCACAUCAACGGUAAUGGGGACCUUUUGGAGGGGAUGAAAGGAACUGGAGUCAUGUGAUCGGGCUCGAUUGGACGAUUGAUAUCACUGAUGGGAGAAGAAGAUUAGGCCCUGGAUUCAGCGUGCAGGGAAAUGUGGACCCCGCAUGCCUGUUUUCACCUCGUCCCACUCUGACUGACGAAAUCCACAGGUCUCUUGUUCUGCCCUAACUUCUCUAUAUCAGUCAAGUCUUCUCUUUUAGGCAUGAAUUUUGACCAAUGUAUACUUCUCCUAUGCGGUCACCAUUUUAUUGUUUAGCUAAUAAGAAUUAGGUGGAAAAGAGGAUUGUAGAUGUUGAAGUCUUACCAAGGGCAGGAGGAAGAUGAGGAUUCAUUUGAUUUUGAAAAAUUGCUUCAAUCCGGCCAGUCAUUUUCCUCAUCUCGAAGAAUCAUCUAGUUGCCUCAUUGUGCCUUGUUGUCCAUUUUUAGGAGAAGGAAAAAUGGAGAUUUCGCUCUGGGUAUACUAAUUCCAAUAAUGAAAUCAACAAUGAAUUUUCGUAUCUGAAUCUGCGACUGACGUGGACAUCUUUCUCAUGGUUGUGAAAUUUGUGGGACAGACAGGACACAUACUUAACCCGGGCCACGGUGUCUGUGUCGGGACCCCCAGAAGAAGCAGUGAAAGACUUCUUCGAUGUUACCCAAAGCAUUGGAUUUGAUAUACCUCGACAGGAUCGUGCAGCAGAGGAGACACGAACUGUAGCUUGAUAUUAGAGCUUUGUAUGUGUGUGUGUGUGUGUUUUUUUUUUCUGUUCUUUUCGCAUAUGUUGGUUAAACUCUAGAUCGGCACCGGCGGUUUCAGAUAAUUCUUUUCUUCUCGGAGUUCCGGGUUUACUAUAAGCUUGGAGAUAGAAGCUAGAGUUCGUGACUUUCUGCUGACUUGUACGUGCAAAUUUGUGGCAUGUAUAAGUAAAAAUUUUGCUGUUAUUUGUUCA